UCUCCUGCUCCGUACACUGCGUGCACCGUCUUUAGUCUUCCCCCUUGUGCCGGUAGUAAAGCAGUUUUAGCCGGAGAACAAUUCUUCAUAAUGUCUUCGGAUAAAACAGAACUGGAUCUCAGCGGAGCGAAGCAGAAUACCGGCAUGUGGCUUGUUAAGCUUCCAAAGUAUUUGGCUCAACAGUGGGCGAAGGCGUCAGGAAGGGGUGAAGUUGGAAAGCUGCGAAUUGCCAAAAACCAAGGAAAGACUGAGGUAUCAUUCACUUUAAAUGAAGAGCUUGCGAGUAUACAGGAUAUAGGAGGAAAACCUGCCACGUUUGUUACUGCACCCAGAGAACAUCCUUUUCAGUUACAGAAUGUAGGAGGACAGACCCUAACCGUGUUUACUGAGAGCUUAUCUGGUCCAUCUGAUGAAAAGCUUGAGAACAGGUCAACUGAAAAACUGGCAAUUGAAGGUAUAGUGGUGCAGCGUGCUGAAUGCCGACCAGCAGCCAAUGAUCACUACAUGCAGAUGAAGAGGCGACAGAUUGAAGAAUCUUCCAAACCAAAGAGACAAUCUCAGCAGAUUGAGAAAGCUGUGACAACAAAUUACAAACCAGUGGCCAACCAUCAGAAUAAUAUUGAAUAUGAAAAAAAGAAAAAAGAAGAUGGAAAGCGGGCACGUGCAGACAAGCAGCAGGUUUUGGACAUGCUGUUUUCUGCUUUUGAAAAACAUCAGUAUUACAACAUUAAAGAUCUAGUCGACAUUACAAAACAGCCUGUGACAUAUCUGAAAGAAAUAUUACGAGACAUUGGCAUUAACAAUGUAAAAGGACCCCACAAGAACACUUGGGAGCUGAAGCCGGAAUACAGACAUUACCAAGGAGAAGAUAAGUGACCAAAGCUGGGUUGUGUGGAAGAGAGGCACAGAGUUGCUGAUCACAUAUCCCAUGCUGUGUUUUUUUACUUUUCUGGAGAUGAUCAGCAGCUCCAUGCAAAGGUGACAAGUGAAUGGGGACCCCUUUACCCUGGGCACAGUGACUCUGUGGGCAGAAGAGUCCUGUCUACAGUCAUUGUGCAUUUGCUUUUAUUCCGAUGUGUGAAGUCUAUUUUUCUAAAGUCCCAUUUGGGAUGAAAACAUUCUUCUUCCCUUCCCCCAGCAAUAAAAUUUUUUUUUAUUCUCUAGGUCGAUUUGUCUUUCUGUUUCUUCCCUCAUUCAUCUUUUGUAGUAAAGUCAUGUUGUGUCUGUUCCAUUUGUCAUGUUUGCAAAUGAAUACUUUAAUACUAAAUGUCUACAAGCAUUUUGGUUGCUACUGACCAAGCAUCCUUAUGCUCUCGAUUACUGGGUCUUGGAUUUUACAGUAAAAAAUUAGGUCCCGUCCACUCAUUUUUCUUAUUUGAUUUGCAAACCUGUGCUAAUGGUUUGAUGGCUUUGCGGUAACUUAUAUUGCAUCAUGUUUUUCCCCUCACACGUGUCCAGGUGGGUAGGGCUGAGAGUGUUGCAGUGUCGUGUACUUCUUGGCUGAUUGAUGUACAGGGCUUGGUGUACACAAAUCCUGUUGGUAAGUAUGGCACUCAUAAUUUGGCUCUUUAUUCCGAGCCCUUUACAACAUUAAACCAGGACAGGGCUUUGCUCCAUUCCUGGCCCCAUUAUAAGGCCCUCUUCACACCACAUUUAGUACACUUUAGAUUAAGUGUUAUUGCUGCAUAUAAUCUCUUGGCCUGAACACUGUGACGUUCAAUUUUUAUUAGAUAUUUGUGUUAAAUAAACUUACUGUAGUUGGCUAACAUCCAAAUGACUGGACAUAUCUGGGUUAACGUUGGUACACUGCAGCUUAUAUGUGUGUAUUUUAAGUAUUACUAUUUCUACAGACUGCUUUUUUGAAAAUUUGUAUUAUUAUUAUGUAUGCACGUGAACAUAUAGAUUUAUCAAAACCUGUCCAGAGGAAAAGUUGCCCAUAGCAACCAAUCAGAUCGCUUCUUUAAUUUUUGAAAAAGCCUGUGAAAAAUACAAGAAGGGAUCUGGUUGGUUGCUAUGGGCAAGUCAGCAUCUUUUUCUCUGGACAGGUUUUGAUAA